AUGUCCACAGGAACGUCAGAAAACAGUGAGCGCCUUCUGGUACCGGUAAAUGGGCAUUCCAGAAUCUUCCAUUUGCAAAAACGAGUAGUUGGAUACUACACCGGAUGGGAAUCCAUGGAAAUCAAUCGGCAACAACUUUCCAAACUCACCCAUGUCAUAUUUGCCUACGUAGAGAUGAGCUCCAAUGGAACAUUGAAGUUUAGAAGCAAAGUUUCAAGACGAAGAUUUUCGGAUUUGAGAUAUAAAGUGAAAAUGAACAACUCAAAAACAAAAAUUAUGUUUUCAAUUGGAGGACCCGAAAAUUCGAAUCACUUUCCAGAAGUUGUAGCUGAUUCAGAGAAGAGGAAAAGGUUCAUCAACUCUAUUCUUGACUUUCUCGAUGUCUAUCGAAUCAACGGAGUGGAUAUAUCAUGGGCGUGGCCAAAAGAAGAAGAUAAAUGGAAUUAUGUCACAUUUCUGAGAGAGUUGCGACAGGAGCUGAGCACAUUUGCAUACAUUUUGUCUAUCAAAGUCCCUCCUGUCAAUGUGGGCGAUUGGGAAAUGAAUUACGAAAUGGAAGAAAUUCUGGAUCAUGUGGACUUUAUCAAUGCUUUCACAAUGGAUUAUUAUGGCGCAUGGGGUGAUGAGUGGGGUACACCAACCGGACCAUCUUCUCCUUUAUACUCUGGAAUUGGUACUAGAAAAACUUUCAAUGUGAAUUGGACCAUGAAGUACUAUGUAUGCAGGACAAAACGACCUGAAAAGUUCAAUAUUGCCAUUCCAUUCUAUGGGACACUGUGGAGAAACGUUGAAGAUCUGAUCAAUCCGGACUAUGAGAUUUGGAGAAAUGUAGAGCUUAAAGGCAAUAAACCGGAAGGAAGAGCGUAUAUGUCUAGGUUAGAUAUGGCUAGAGAAGGCUGGAAAGUGACACCUGCAUAUUGGGAUCAGGCAACAAAUUCUUCGUACAUCUGGGAUCCAAAUAAAAGGACAUUUCUGGCAUUUGAAAGUGAUCGAAGUAUAGAAGCGAAAACAAAUUAUGUCAAUGAGAUGGGACUCGGAGGAGUUUGGAUAUGGGCAGUGGAUAUGGAUGAUGAGAGGAAUAGUCUUCUGAAUACAGUCACGUCGAAUGGAUUGUGUGCAAAAGAAAGUGAUGGGACGAUCAAAUACAAAUGCUAA